AUGAAAGUCACCGCGGCAGGCAUUUGUCAAAAGAGGGGUUUUGCCUCGAUCGCUGACUGUGUUUCCUCCUCCCAUUCACCUUCUCGCCGUCCCCUCUCGUCUUCCACGUUGAUGCAAAUGGUCUCAGAAGUUGACAAUGAUAACGUUUUCAUAAAGAAGCCAUUGCAGCUUGAGGACGAGAUGGAAAGAAAGGGCAUAUUUGAGGAGAAGUUGAAGGAGAUGAAGGAAAGAGUGGCCAUAUUUGAGAAAGAGAUAGAGGAGAUGAAGGAGAAGGAGGUGAUGAUGGAGAAGGCGGAGGAGGUGGUGGAGGUAGAGGAGUUGAUGGAGCGGAUCGAGAAGAUGGAGGAGAAAACCAAGGAGAUGAAGGAACGGUUGAGCAAGAUGUUCGAUGUCGUCGCUGAGCGAUUAUUCCUCAGACCAUGAGGACACAAUCUUCUAGUUUCACGAGGCGAAGGAAGUCUUAGUUUAUUUUUUAGAUUUGGCAACAAAUUCAAUGCGUAAAUGAUUCCUGAGGUUGCGCGUUAUCUGGACCGGGACAAGGGCAAAAGGAUGGAUGCGCAGGCUAAUGCAGCUGC